AAACCCCAGACCAUUUCAUAAUCAAAAACCAAACCGCGGCCGCUUUUCCGAUGGACUCGGCCGGCAAGAGCGCCGUGACUCCGAUCAAGGACCAGCACGGCUCCAAAUCCAAGAAGCAAGACAACUCCCGCCACUCCGAGAAUCUCAACCCCAACGUGUCUCCGGGACCGAGAUCCGCCAACAAGUCCAAGUCGGCCUCCAAAAACCCGAUUCAGAACCCGGUGUUUCAAUCGCCGAGGAAGAAGAUCCGGGAGCGGAAGUUCGUGGUGGCGAAGAAGAGAGCGAAGGAGGAGGAUCCGAACCCGAACCCGAACCCGAACACGGAGUGCGGCAAGUGCAAGGCGAAGAAGUGUCUCUGUUUGGCUUACGAGAGCCUCAGGGCGUCACAGGAGGAGUUCUUCAAGACCCGACCCGAAACGGAAUCCGGGUCGAAGGAGGCCGAUCGGGAAAUCGAGGCGGCGCUGCUGAUCCAGGAUCGGGAUUUCGACGAUCGCGGCCCGGGCGAGGCCGACACGGCUGAGGAGACGGGUCCGGGAUGCUCGACGGUUAAGAGGAGGAGGGCGAGGCUGUUGGAGGAGGCGCGGCAGAGCGUGCCGGAGCGUGGGAAGGUCUUGCAUUUGGUUCAGGCCUUCGAGAAGCUUCUAACGAUUCCCAAGAAAGAAGAAGAAGAAGAAGCAGAAGAAGAAGAAGAAGAGAGUGGGAAGAAGGCGACGAAGUGGGCCUUGCCUGGGCUUCAGCCGCCGCAGGCGCACGAGUUUUGUCCCUCGGAUUUGUUUCUGACGUCGGAGAAUCUCGGGCUGGAUCGCCGGCCGUCGGUUUCGUCGUCCUGGGAUGGAAGUAUGGGAAGCAUAUCGAACAGGACUUCGAAUGGGGGGAGGAGAAGCCGAAGAAAUAGCUCGGAGUCGUCUAGUAUGAUUGGAGGGAGUAGAUGGAAGAAGAAGCAGCAGCUAAGAGCUACUAGCCUUAAACCAUUCAAGCUAAGGACAGAGGAGAGGGGAAGAAUGAAAGGGGAAGAGUUUAUGAAGAAGGUUCAGGAGAUGAUGGUACAGGAGGAGAGGCAGCGGAUACCGAUUGCUCAGGGCCUCCCAUGGACAACAGAUGAACCAGAGUGCUUAGUUAAACCUCCUGUGAAAGAGAGCACAAUACCAUCAGACCCGAAGCUCCACACUGACGUGCGGGCAGUAGAGCGUGCUGAGUUUGACCAUCAGGUGGCAGAGAAGCUGAGUCUGUUUGAGCAGUACAAGAUGGAAAGAGAGAGACUACAGAAGUUGGCAGAAGAGGAUGAAGUAAGACGGCUGAGAAAGGAGCUUGUUCCAAAAGCACAGCCAAUGCCCUACUUUGACAGGCCUUUCAUUCCCAGAAGGUCAAUGAAGCAUCCCACCAUACCCAAAGACCCAAAGUUCCAUAUCCCUCAACAUAAGAAGAUCAAGUGUUGCAUGUCAUGGAAUGAUGAUAUGAGCUCCUACUCUUAUCAAAGUGAAGCUUGAAGAAGACAAGACAUAAUCUUGCCUUAUUUGUUUCUCACAGCCAUGUUUAUUCCCCCGUUAUGAAUAAUUGAUCCCUUUUAUUUUGUUUUGAAAUUGUUCUGGUUUCUUUCUGAACCUUGUACAUGAAUGAAGUGCAACAGCAACCAGUUAUGUUGCGAUUUUUGGUUCCAUUAAUUUGACUCUUUGGAAGGUUA